AUGGAGAAGCCGGCCUUCGCAGCAAUCGACAAGUCAGUCGGCACGUACCUGCCGGCCGCGGGCAUCGACGACUUCGUGCGUUUCGUGCCCUCGAAGAGCAAGACCCCGGCGCUGCGCGCGGGCAUCAUCAACGCGGACCAGCCGUACCAGUUCGCGCUCCCCCCGACGUGGGGCGAGUCGCGCAUCUCCAACACGCAGUCCGGGAACUACUGCCAGCCGCGCUGCGACGAGCCGUGGGUCGAGGUGAAGUUCGAGAGCGCCGCGGACGGCCUCCUCGAGCUCAUCGUGUGCCCGCUGCGCAAGCUCACCCCCGCGGCGCGUGCGACGAUCGAGGAGAUCGGGGACCCGGACUACUUCGCGCCGCGCAUCGGGCCGUACCUCACGGGCGACUACUACGACCCCGACACGCUCGUGGAGCAGAAGGUCGUCAAGCAGGACGGUCUGACGUACUACUUUUACGAGCUGUACGCGCCCGAGGCGAUCUCGGGGAAGCCGCACAUUCUGGCGUUCACGACGGUCAAGGACGAGGGGUGCCUGAUCUUCAAGCUGACCGCGUCGGAGAAGCAGUGGAAGGCCGCGGAGCCCAAGCUGCGGAAGAUGGGGGAGUCGUUCCGCGCGUGA